GCCCCGGCCGUUCUGGCAGCUGCGAAUCCCGCUCGUCAUCCGGAGCCUGGUGUUGCCUGUAAAGAGAUCAACGACGUAAUUUUUCUGUUUCCUCUUGCGAAGCCUCUAGGCACCAGAAUUCGACCUUCUCUGGCUUCGCAACACCAUAGCGCAGCAAUACCGUGCCGAGUACAAGAUACUGACAGCUCUUCCGACUCUCCAUCGUGCAUCCUACCCUCCAAAUCUCCACUUUUCUCUAUUUUCCUCAACAUUUUUCUGCCGAAAAGGCCGCGAGUAGUGGUGAAGUCGAAAGGAAACAGAAGUCUGAAACUAUGGUCAUGGGACUCGUCUCCGGGCGCCGAAGGGCAACCUCUAAUGCUAGCAGCCGAGGAUCCUCUGUCGACGGAUCAGACCCUAUCGAAGAUGAUACCCUCGUAGUCGAGCCCGAUCAGGGCAACGUCCUUUCCCACAUCAUAUCCCAGUUGAGACCUGGUGCCGAUCUGAGUAGAGUCGUUCUGCCUACCUUCAUCUUGGAGCCCCGUUCCAUGCUGGAAAGGAUCACAAACUUUAUGUGCCAUCCCGAAAUGCUGCUGCCGAUUCCUCAGAUUGACGAUCCGGUCGAAAGAUUUUAG